GAAAAAGUUAAUCUUUGAAACCUUUAGCUUGCGGCUAAUAGAGACACAUACAUAUAUACACUCGGUAACCUGUUUACUUGGAUAGAUACACGAUGGACGCACAGAGAACCAAAGAAACUGUCGCGGUCUGCAUCCUUAAGAAUAAGUGAGAGGGAGAGAAUCGUGUGAGACCGUUAGUGAUGAGCUACGCGGUGGCGUCACCGCUAGAGAAGGAAGCAGAACGGCUGCUGGUGAACUCGCCCAGCUGCUGGGUGUAGGCGGUGGAGGAGAAGAAGAAGACUGCUCGUUUGCGAUUCCAUGUUGCUAUGCUACCAACAGGCUGCUUGGGUACCAAGAAGGUUGCAGGUAAGAACCGCUGCAGUCGUCGCCGGAGAAGAAGAAAUCCUGGGCAGUGAACUACACUUGGUAUCAGAGCCUCGUUGGUGAAGUGAAUGCCCAAAUACAUGCCUCGGAAUUUUACCAUGGACGGUUCUAAAAACAAAGAAGGAGCAGUCAGUCUCCAGUACCCGAUGCUUGCCAAAAACAACUACACUCCAUGGGCUAUCAAGAUGAAAGUGUUCAUGCAAGCCCAAGGAGUUUGGGAUGCUAUUGAACCGGCUGAUCCAAAAGCAGAAAUCGAGGAUCGGAAGGACAAGAUGGCCAUGGCAGCCAUAUACCAGGGCAUUCCAGAAGAGAUGUUGUUGUCACUGGCAGAAAAGAAAACCGCGAGGGAGGCAUGGGAUGCUCUCGAGACGAUAUACAUGGGCGAGGAACGCGUAAAGAGUGCAAGGAUUCAGACUUUAAAGUCGGAGUUUGAAAUGCUCAGAAUGAAGGAAUCGGAGUCCAUUGAUGAUUUUGCUAUCAAACUACACAAAAUCGCCACCAACAUUCGGACUUUGGGAGAAAAGUUCGAGGAGGCGUGUGUCGUUAAGAAGCUGCUCAGGGCUGUCCCAACAAAAUAUCUACAGAUUGCUUCAACAAUUGAGCAAUUUGGAGACAUGGAGACCAUGACCGUUGAAGAGGCUGUUGGUCGGCUCAGGUGCUACGAAGAGAGGAUUCGUGGACAUGAAGAGAUCGAGGGCAACCAGCUCUUGCUCACUCAAGAGGAGUGGCUGGCAAGGUCAAAAAAGGGAAGCAAUGGGGAGUCUUCUUCAGCUCCUAAGGCUCGCGGUAACAACGGUGGAAAUAACCGUGGCCGUGGAAGCGGACGCGGCAGAGGUCGAGGAGGCGGCCGGGGAGGCCGGGGCUGUAACAAUACCUUUAAGCAGGAGGCAGAGAGCAACCGGAACUCAAGUGGUGGCCGUGAUAAAAGCAAUAUAAAAUGUUUUAAUUGUGACUUCUACGGUCACUACGUGUCAGAAUGUCGAAAGCCUCGACGGGGAGAACAACCGGGAAGCAAAUCUAAUUCAGAUCCAAGAUGAUGAGCCUGCACUCCUUCUAUCCAUGUGCAAGCAGGAGGCAUGCAAUGUGGUACUAUUACACGAAAAGGUGGUCCCAAAAUUGCGGUCAGGCAAGGGAACCACGGAGGAGUCUAACUUGUGGUACCUGGAUAACGGAGCAAGUAACCACAUGACGGGCGAGAGAUCAAAAUUCAAGGACUUAGACGAGAGCAUAAAAGGCCAAGUCAAGUUUGGCGAUGGAUCAAUGGUGCAGAUCGCUGGUAGAGGAAGUAUUCUUCUUCAGUGUAAAAAUGGUGAGCAGCGGUUAUUGGAUGAGGUAUAUUAUAUACCUGAUCUGUGUAGCAACAUUAUAAGCCUCGGACAACUUUCAGAGGUUGGUAACAAGGUCACACUCCACGGAGAAUAUUUAUGGAUGAAUGAUAAACAAGGGAGGUUGCUCAUGAAAGUGAAACGGUCACCGAACAGACUCUACAAAAUCAUUUUGGAGAGUUCUCAGCCAGCUUGUUUGCUGUCAAAGCUUAUAGAAUCAUCCUGGCUUUGGCAUGCACGUCUCGGGCAUAUAAACUUUGAUUCCCUGAAGCUGAUGUCCAAGAAGAAUAUGGUGUGUGGUGUGCCGAGUAUAGAGCACCCAACACAGAUAUGCAGCGGGUGUUUGAUGGGGAAACAAACCAGUGGUUCUUUUCCCACUCAAACCAGCCACAGAGCUGAAAGAAUUCUGCAGUUAGUCCACGGUGAUCUCUGCGGCCCAAUAACUCCACCAACUCUGCGGGAAACAGAAAUCCUGGGCAGUGAACUACAGAAUCGUCGUCAUCUUCGCAGAGAGUCGCCAAUCCUCGCUGCCAUGACCCAACGCCGCUAGAGGAACAAUGCCGUCGUUGGAAGGAGCUGACCUCCUCGACCAAAGGAGGAGAAAGGGGAGUGUCGGUAGUCCUUCUCUACUCUAUUAUCCGCUCUACUUCUUCUGGGAAUUUGGGGAAGGUUGAAGUAGAAACUUCGAUUCAGAUUAAUCGCAACUCGAGGUAAGGACUAUUGCAAUCAAAACUAUUAUUUUGCCCCUAUCAUGUAUUUAUUAGGAUUUGUGCUAUGAUUUGAGCUAAUAUUUUGGUUAUUAUAGUAUGGAUAUGAUGAUGUAUGAUUUUAUGGGAAUUUCUGAACGUGUGAUUUUUAGUGAAUUUAACAAAAAUAGUUGUUAUGGCUAAAA